AAAGCGUUAAAUUGAUUCGCCUGUUUUUCUCGCCCGCCUCGUGUGCUUAUUUCAGAUGUGAAAAAUUAAUUAGAUUUAUGUUUUCAUAAACGACGUCUUUAGUGCGCAAACUGCGCGACCCGAGUCCUCACCGAGGGGCAGAACAUCGCCGUGCCGAAUGUGAGAUUUGGAGUGGAGUUGGCAGGAUGUACUGAGGCAGUGUGGCAUGUUGCGCCUUUCGUCGGAUAGUAAGCGCCUACCUUUUUGCUACCCUUUUAUGUAACAGAGCUACGACGAUUGUGUGACGAUUGUCCGGCCACGAUUUGCCAGCCGUCGUCCAUACCGUCCAAGGGCCCGGGGAGAUAUUUAUUGCACACUUGAACGAUUUACGCAAUCGUUCCCUAUCUGCCUGCCUGGGGGAGGGAGAACUGUUGGAGCAGUUGGUGAAGAUGUAUUUCUGCACAUAAUGUAUAGGAAAUGUGUCACUUGUUAUCAGGCUAGUUAGCGGGAUUAUUACGUGAAUGGGUGAAAAUGAGUCGGACACAAACAUGUUUACUGUUGGAUUGCUACAUUCUGGGCAGAAUGUGUUUCAAAUGUAUCUCUCAGAGAAGUUUGUUCUGGAACUAUCAUUGUUUAGCUAUAAUUAACAUUGAGAAAUAUUAUCAGGAUGUUUCCUAUACUUAUGCCUUUUUUGUGGCUUUACUACCUCAGGAAUGGUCUUGGUCUGUCAAUCAUAUUAAAAUGAGGGAGAUUUUAAAGGAAUAUUCACCUACCCAUACAUGGUCGUUUUUAUGGCAAUAGAACCACUGUGAUCUUAGCCCGACAUUUCGAUCUUUGGUUGACUUUUCAUUUAUUCGUAAGUACACGUCUAGACCUAUCAGAAAAUAAUUCAGCAUUCGUUAGUAGGGCUACUAGUAGAAAUGCUAUAAUCAUUUAGAGUUUUUUUGUCCUGAAGCUCACUAGGUUUAUCCUCACAGAUCAAGGGGCUUCAAAGAACGUAUGAGACUAAGCUUUCAAAUGAGAUGCAUUUGUUCUGCAGCGCGUUUUACCAACGAGAGUUGACUACGAGAGAUGCCUACAUUUUCCAUGCCAUAAAUAUAAGAACAGAUUUAAACGAGAGGAGCAAAUAGUGUUUUUUACGAAGCUUUUUUCAUUCGUCUCUCACGAAGGAGCGAAGUGUGUGUGUCAAAAUAAGAUGCGAAAGGUAAUAUCGAACGACCGCUUCGGCAAUUAUAGCUGUGUAGGUGUGUCGUGAUAACGAAGCAGACGAGAUAAUGAUCGUGAGAUAAGGAGAAAUUGUGAUCAGUAGCGAUCGGACAGCAAUACGUGUGAGUAAGGAAAAAAAGCUAUCGGUACAUGGACAAUUUUGCACGUGUUUCUAAAUUUGUUUGUGGUGCCCUAAAAAGUUAUGUCAUUUCCGCAGCAUCAUAUUGUAUAUAAAACGAAUGAUUGUUAUAUCAAUUUGUGUAUUGAUUUGAUGCUAUACAGUGAAAUUAGUAUAGCACGUGUUCCAAUCGUUGGCAGCGUCGUUUUCCGUUGUGUCAGCGUGUGUCGAUGCUCGCGUGAUACUUGUUAGUGAGUGUAAGUGAAAGAUGAAUGCGACAGUGAAAGGGCCCAAAAAACCAAUAAAACGAUAUUAUCUACCAAGGCAAAUGUAAGAUUUUAUUCUCUCAUUGCAUUUUAAAUCAAUCUGAAUAUUUUUUUAAAACGAAAAAAAUGUACAAAGAUUGAAAAAACGAAUAAGCAAGCAAAGCGAAUGACGCUGUCGAGGAAGCUGUGGUAGGGUAGUGUGUGUGACCUCCUGAUUAACUCUUUUGACAUUUCAUAAUUCAUCAAUCCGGUUUCGGAUCUAAUGGUAUCGUGCUGUGCGUGGUUAAGUGAUAAAGAGAUUUGUUCUAUCUUGCUCUUACAUGCGCAGGCAAUGUGCGUUCUUGCGUUCUUACUCCAACGUUAAAGUUAUCAUUGUGGCCAGCGCAGUUGGCUAACGCCUGAGGGUACGUGCGUGUUAGUAAGGAUAUUUUAAACCAGUACGUGUACUAAGCUAGUGAACUAUUCGAAUUUGUGUUGUGCAGUGUAAUUAAAAAAAAAUGCAAGUCAAAUAUUUGACAAUAAUUUUAUUGGUGAAAAUAAAGUGAUAUUUAUUUUUCAAUGAGCUUAUGGCUUAUUGUGUGAAUUUGUGUAUUUAAAAAAUGUGGUCAUCGUAGCCGAGUGUAGUGUUUUAAAUGUGCCAAAGCCAAAUUAAAGUGAGUAUGUGAAAAAAAAGAAAAUGUCAGUGUACAAAAGCAAAAUGGCCGCGAAGAAGAAGUUUUGUUCUACCGAAGUGAAUGCUUUCCAGUGAUUUAUGGAAGUAAAGUGUCCUGCGUCUAUCGUUUACCUGGUGCUAAUGAGUAAAUUAUAAAGACAUCAAAGCAGUACCCAUUUACCAGCCGACACUAAUUGGGCCCUUGUGUCCUGGAAAACGUGUCCUCCACGUGUGUGUGUGUUUCAUCCAAAAAAAAGCAACCAGAAAGGUUAAUAAUAAUAAUAAUGUUGCCGCGAAAACUUGUGUGACAAUUAUAGUGAUAAGUGAGUGUACGAAGGUAAUCAAUAUUGCGUGUGUGUGUGUGUGUGAGUGCAUGUUGGUGGUCGAUUUUCCGAAAGUUGAGAAGAAAAUAAAAAACAACGACAGAGGACGCAACCGAUCGCGACAUUGAGUCGCGUCCGUGGUGCAGUUCUGAUUAUGCCGCUUUUGGUUGCUCCGAGAAGUUCGCAUGGAGUGGCCCUCGUAGACCACCAUCAUCAUCAUCAUCAGCUGCAUCGUUCCGGUAGCUUCGAGGUGGCGCAGUUGUAUCAGCCGGAACCAGAAUCGAACAGAAUCGUACCCGAACAUCAGCUGAUUGGUGUAAAAGCCGCAGACAGGGCGGUAGAUUUCAGCAUGUCAAAGUUCAAAGCAUCCUCGCGACAUUCGCUUUAUCGUCAGUUUUACGGUGGAGAUGAAUCGCCACCUUACGAGAAGCCGGAAGAAACAGAACCUGCCGAGCCGGAAGGGCGCGAAAAAUCCUUCGGUAAAGUUUGGCUCAACAACGAAGCUCAGUGGCAUCAUCCGAUAGCGAUGGCUCCCGGACAACCGCCUGCACCAAUAGUGUCAGGAACGCCGAUGUCCACGGCAGCACCGCCUCCCCUGAACAUGUCGAUGCCACCUGCGUCCCCGAUGGCACUCCAUUCCUCAGCGCACCAACAGUCUCUGUACCUGAAUCCGGCCAGCCUGAUGAGUCUGCGGGACAUGAUGCUACAGAGUCCGGCCGGGUUGAGCCUGCUGAAUGCGGACGCCACCGGUUUAGGGUUGCUCAAGCGCAGCAUGCUAGAAUCCAUUCCUUCCAGCUCCUCACCGACGGCUUUCCCGCUAGGGCUAAACCCACUCGCCAGCCUCGCCAGUUCCUCCAGUCCCAGCACAACGGCGACCUCCACAUACAGCCUGCCAUCGAUAAUUCCAACGACCGUUGCAUCAUUAUCACAGCAGCAACACCAGCAACUGAUCAAAAAGGAACGCGACGAGUCCGACAUCGAAAUGGACGACAAGGAAGAGCAGGAACUGGACGAAAAACCAGCCAAACAUCGCCGAGCGCAGUCUCCCACGUUGCCCGGCGCAUUGCACCGGCCCCAGCUCUCCCUGUCACCGUUCCGCUCAUCGCCACCAUCAUCCCUGGGCUCGCCGUACUACCGUGCGGCUACGCAUCAACAGCAUCAACAGCAGCCAUCAUCGGCCAUCGAUCAGGGCUUACCGCAUCGAUCAGCGGCGACUGCCGUCUCCCAUCAACCACAUCUCUAUCACGCUGCCGGCGGCUCGGCGACAUCCACUACGGUAGCCGCGGUCCCGUCACAUCAAAGGCAUCAACAUCAAAGAGAUUCCGCUGAACGUGAGCUGAAUUUAAAUGCGGGCGCGACCAUUCGAGCGAAAAACGAUCGCGACCUGCACAUGCUGAACCACGGCACCCGGGAUCAUCCGUCACAAACCACCGCCAGCGUCCCGCACCAUCUGCACCAGCUGCAUCCGCAUCUAUCACCGUUUGCGAAUCGGGCCGAGCUGGAAUUAUUUCGUGACCGGGAGACCGUCGCAACGCAGCAGCAUCGGCACGGUGGCGAUGGCCGCCGGACAGUGCAUUCGGACUCGGAUGCCUCGGAGCUCGAGGAGGGCAGCAAAAAGGAUCGAACCGUUGCACAAAGCAAGCGCAAGAAUAGCGAUGAUCUCGAGCAUCGUGAUCUGCGCUUCGGUGCAAUGGCGUCUAAAGUGGACCAUGACGGUACGAAUCAUGUGCAAUCGAAGAGGAAGGAUCCAACGGCACGCAGCAAGUCAUCUUCACCCGAUCUAAGCAUAAAAACACCAAAAUCACCAUCUCCACCCCGUUCGCAUGACGAUAUCGACAGCGAUCGUGACGAUGGCAGUGACCGCGAGAACCUCAGCAGCCCUAUUCCAAACGAGCGUCCGGAACGAACCACGCCACUCAAUCUGAUCACGGACUCAUCACGACGGACACCAUCGCCACCGGCCUCCAGUGCCGUCCCGGGUGGAGGUUUAGGCGUUGCCCUGGCUGCCCUUCAGAACCAUCUGCCCCUUAGUUCGCUGUUCCUGCAGAAUCAGCUCGGGCUGGGUGGAUUGGCCGGUCUGUCCGGGCAGGACAUCGGUAUGCUUCAGCAGGCACUUCAAGCACAGCAAGCCUCCCUCCAACAGCAGCUGCAGCAGUACAUGCUGCUCCAGGUGCAAGGAAGUGCGGCCAGUGCGAAUGGGAAUGCUGCUGCGGCGGCCACCGCUCAGGCUCAGGCUGCUGCCCAGUUCCUCAUGCAAAAUCAGGUCCAGCAAGCCGUCGCACAGUUACAGGCACUGCAGAAACAGCAGCAACUGAAACCGACCAGCUCCACACCAACACCGGGCGCCACAGCGACCAGCUCUCCACUGCACAGUCCCUCCGGGAGUCCGGGCCUACAUCAUCAUUCCACACAAACGGGCACCAUGCUUGGUGCGAGCCAAACGACACCUCCCAAUGUGAGCCAGAUGAAUGUGGGUGGCAUCCUAACACCUUCCACUCCCGGUUCCGGUGCACAUACGCCUCAGCUACAGAAACAUUCCGCUGCACCACGUGCCCUGGAACCGUCGCCCGAAGAGACGACCGAUCUGGAAGAGUUGGAACAGUUCGCUAAAACCUUCAAGCAGCGACGGAUAAAGCUAGGUUUCACGCAGGGCGAUGUCGGGCUGGCCAUGGGGAAGCUGUACGGUAAUGACUUCUCGCAAACAACCAUCUCCCGGUUCGAGGCACUCAACCUGAGCUUCAAGAACAUGUGCAAACUAAAGCCACUGUUGCAGAAAUGGCUUGAGGAUGCGGACAGUAGUAUCUCCAAUCCUGGCGGACGCAUCUUCAGUCCAGCCGCCCUGUCCAACACGAUGGCCACACCGGAAACGAUGGGCCGACGGCGCAAGAAGCGUACCUCAAUCGAAACCUCCGUCCGGGUGGCGCUCGAAAAAGCGUUCCUCGUCAACUGCAAGCCGACGAGCGAAGAGAUCUCCACCCUGGCAGAUAACCUGUGCAUGGAGAAGGAAGUUGUCCGCGUAUGGUUCUGUAACCGCCGGCAGAAGGAGAAACGAAUAAACCCACCCAACGGUAUGGACAGUCCGACGCAUUCGUCCGCCAGUGGAGAACUAUUUCCCGCCAGUCUCGUACCGGGUCUAUCCUCACCUUCGUCCGCGUCCGGUGGUACCGGUGGACAUCAUUAUGCGCCGCACCAUCACCACCAUCAGCCCCACACACCCGGGUCCAGCAUCAAGCAGGAAUGACCGCACGGACGGGCUUGCGUUUGGUCCCCGACAACGACGAUGGCGGUGGACCGUUCGGAACAACCCCAGAUGGCAGGUUACCUGCACUGAGCAGUGAGUCAGGAUUUCAUACCGGAUCACGUAUCCCACAUAUCAGCCAACGGGUGCGCCGGGCGUGGAUUAUACGGUUCAUACGCACCUGUGUAUACGCACAGAGACGAACACAAUCAAUGCUAGUAAGUAUCGUCGGGUUUUUUUGUUUUUUGCAUACGGAUACAAUCGGAACGGAAUAGUAAUAAUGAAACGGGGAAAAGUGCUAGCGCUAAUAUAGUCACAAUGAGAUACAUACAUGCGUAAUAUGCUGCUCCAUACGUAGUUUGAUUAGUUUGAUAAGAGAUGUAGUAGAGGGAACUCGAACUCUGGAACUUUGGAGUAUGUGGAGUCGCUCAGAAGUCAAUGUAUACCAACAAGUAAUGGGUGGUAAAAUUCAGAUUCAAGGGUGCAGCCACCAAAUGCAAUGCUUGCGACGGAUGGAAUCGUUUACAUCCCGGUUUUAACCAUUGUGAAAGGGCAAGGAGUAGGAGUCGAAACCCCUCCCAAGAAGGUGGAGUUGUACAUAAAGAAGCAAACGUAAUGUAACAUUCCAAUACGUCGGGUUUGUGUGUGUGUUUCAGGAAUGUGUUGGUGUUGUUCGACGAAGAACUUUUCACACUUGUUUUUCCGGGCCUUUUUUCUUUUUCAGACGCACACACACACACAAACAGAACAACACUAGCCCCUAUACUUUCUAGGUCUCAUUUGCUUUAGUUUGUUCCUUAAAAUUAUAACAAAAAACAACCACA